GCCAAACGUCUACAUGCUAAAAAAAAAAAAAAAAGGAAGAAGAAGAAGAAGAAGAAGAAUUGUUCUAUGUUAAAAGAACUGAUCACUUUUUUGUAACUUGAUUGUGAAAUUGCUAUUGAAAUCAGGUGAAGUUAGAAGGAGCAUCCAUUAAUAUGAGUGGCAAUCAACUUGUGUACUUUUACACCACAUCGUGUGUAUGUCGAUUGAAAUUCCUGGCACGGUCCUUUGUUCCUACAUUUGUGAGGUGUGAUAUGUGGAGGCAGAGGUAUAGCAAGGAAAAUUACCAACACCAUGCAGAAGAGAAAGCGCCAACUACAGAAGAGGAAUUCAUAAGAGUUGCUGAAGAAAUGGCAGAGGAGAAAGAGCAUCAAGGCUUGAGCAGCCAAACAGUGGACAAGGCACAAGAUGCCAUGAAAGAGGCUACUACAAGUGAUUCUAAUCUUGAAAAUGUCAAGGAAAGUUGUAAAGAGGGAAAGGGUAAAGGGGACUUUCAUAACACUGAUGAUCUACUUAAAAGUGGCCCACAAAGCCAAAUUAGUAGUUAGUUAGAUAUUGUAAUUAAGCUAGUGAUGCAACUUUUAGUGUUCUGAUGAACCUCUUGACAUGUAAGCUUCUCUUAGUUGUACUUCCUUUGUUUUUAACUUUGAUGGGAUGUUUUAAUUGGGUGAAAACUCAUGACAAGUGUUAUAGGA